UGCGCCACGGGGACCAAAAGUGGAGCUGAAAGUCAACAUUUGUCGAUACGUGUAUUUUGCGGGAUUGCCGCAGAUGUUGAAUUUCCUCAAAAUCGGCCGAAUAAGGUGAAGUGGUGACGAACUGAGGGAACGCAGGAGCGAGGAAUCAAAGUUGUGUCCAAGAUGAAGAUUGCAGUUCUCGGAGCGACAGGUCAGACGGGACAGGAGCUCGUGCAGCAGGCGCUACAGCAGGGACACACAGUCACAGCCAUCGUCAGAAACCCUGCAAAACUCACCGUUACACAUGACAACCUGAAGGUGGUUGAAGGAGAUGUUUUUGCUGAAGACAGUCUGAAACCGCACUUCAAAGGUCAGGAUGCGGUCUUCUCCUGUCUUGGCUUUCCAAUCUCAUUUUUGUAUGGAGUCACUGGCUACACGCAGUCCAUGACGGCAGCCAUAAACGCCAUGCGUGAAGUCAAAGUUAAUCGCAUCAUCACCAUGACAUCAUGGUACACUGACCCGAAUUCGGGCACCAAUGCUUCUUAUCUUAUCCGCUUCAUGUUGCUGCCCAUGAUAAGAAGUGUUCUGACCAACAUGUAUGAAAUGGAAACCUUUCUGAAGAAGACGGAGGACAUCAACUGGACCGUUGUGAGGCCCCCUGGUCUCAAGAAUAUACCAACAACUGCCAAUGAGUUUUUAACUCAUGAAGGUUACUAUGUUCCUGAUGAAAAUGGCCUUCCUAUUGGGCAGUCGGUGUCAAGAGGAGAUGUGGGGCGCUUCAUGCUUUCUCUUCUCAACAACAAUGCUUGGAUGAAGAAGGCUGUUGCUAUCAUCACCAAAUAAAUUUGCACUACACUUAUGGAGGUAUUAUUUCAUAUACAUAGCCCUUGCCAAACAAGAACUCCUGGUGGUUUAUAGUUCUCUCAAAAAUGAAAAUUCUGUCAUCAUUUCUACUACUGCAAUAAAUGGGGGAUGAGAUCUGUUUGGUUACUGACAUUCUUAAAUAGCUUAUUUUGUGUUCAUCAGAACAAAGAAAUGAAUACUAACAAUCUGACAGUGAGCAAAUGACAACAGAAUUUUAAUAUUGGCGUGAACUUUCCCUUUUAAAAGUACACGUGUAUACUUUUUAUUUUAUUUUAGUGACGCAUUACGACUGCUAACCUUAUAUCAUAAGACUAGAUGAAUGCCGUUUGUAUUUAUGGAUAAACAGUCAUUUACCUUAUGCACUGAUUUGUGCUUCUCUUUAAAUAGGGAGUCUGUCACCCUGAAAAUAGCACAUUGAUUUAGUGUUUAAAAACAUAAAUAUAAACAUAUAUUCAGAUGCAAUUUAAUACAUGUAUGAAAAAUAAAAUCACCAAUACUCAAAUACAAGGAUAGACAAAAUAAACACGUAUUUACUGCACAUUUAAAUGUUUGUUUCUUUUUAAAUUGCCGCGUAAAUGAGGUAUCAUAACCUUUUUAAGGUAUUUCGCUACUUUACAUCUCUAAUAAUUUGACUUCUAUAUCAAAGACUUUUAUUGUAAAUUAAAUAGAAAAUUGUCUAAAAUAGAAAGAUUGCUUUUAUAUAAACUGUUUUAAAAUAUAUUGUGUGAUCAGUUUGUUCACAAUUUACAUCUUUCCCUCACAGUUAUGAUGUCAUAUUGUGACACCAAUAAAGCUUAAACUAAAUAUUUUUGUCUUAUAUAUUUCAUUAAUACAAACUUUCAUCACUGAUUCAUGUCAAACCUGUUUGACUGUCUUUCAUCUGGACAAAACAAAAUAAGAUAUUUGAAGAAUGUUGAUAAUCAAACAACAGUGGACCAUAUUGUCCUCCAUUUUAUGAAACAUUUCAAAAUAUCUUCUCUUGUGAUCCACUUUUGGGUGAACUGUUCUUGUCAGUAAACUGGAGUUAAUACAGCUGGAGUAGACUGGUGUCUUCUGACCACAUGAGAGCAGUAUUGUACUGUUUUCUGUAUGGGCUGUAGUGUCAAACAUCUUCAAUGCACUAUCACUGAGCCCUUUGGACACGGAGGUCAAUUGAUGUUUAAAAUAGUUAUGCAUUCCAAUGCACAACAAACAAGCAUUUCAGAAUUUGCAUUCUCUCGCUAUCCCCUUAAGGCUUCUAGACGUUUUGCCCCACAUUCAUUUUUCGAGUUUGUUUUAAGAAUGGUGUGAACAUUUAUUUGUACCAUUAAAAUGUAUAGUUUGUAAAAAGUCAGUGUUGAGAGACAUGAGCACUGUCAUUGGAUUGCCCCUGUAAAUGGGCAUGUGAUAUUUCGCUUUAUAUGAAUAGAUCAAACGUCCGUUCUGACCAACAUGAGGAUUGUAAAUAUUUCAAGGCAUGGUACUGAAACUGGUCAGUUUGUGUUAUCAAAGUCAGUCAACUCCCUGUCAUGAAGGGGAUUUUUAGAGCCAGUCUGAUCGGUUCCUGCACGUCAUCGGUAUGCUUUUAUCUUCAAGCAUUGUUAUCAUUCAUUUACAUAGAACAAUGAGAAUAACAUGUGCAUGAAAAAUAUCUCUCGUUUACUUCACUGUACAUCAGAGACGCAGUAAACGAAAGAAAAUGAUUUAUUUGUAGCAUCUGGAUGACAGAGUGUAAGGUACAGUAAGGUGGCUGAUAAUAAUGCAUGAAAAAAAUCUGGUUGAUAAUCUUGCGUUGAUUAUGAAUGUGUGAUGACGAGAUUGUGAUCUGAGGACUUUGAUUCCUUUGCUGAAAUAUGCUGCGUUUUGUAAUCCGACACGGGCAAUAACCAGACUGUUGAGAAAGAAUAAAUGAGGUCAAAUGUCAUGUGUUAGACAGUGGUCAAGGUUAUGUGAUCCAAUGAAUCUUUCAUCAGAACAUCAUCAGAACUGUUAUAUAAACGAGCACUUAACAUUU